AAUAUUUUAUUGUUUUGCCCAGUAUGUCUUUCCAUGAUAGAGAUUAAAGUGGCUAUCAUGUUUUUUUACCAUGUUGUGUGGUUUAUUCAGCCAUUCAGCAUUCAGUUGAUUAAUAUUUAAUUAGGUUGCUGGUAGGUUAGGUUUUAAAUAACUUCGGUCGAUCUAAGUCAUUGAAGAUUUGAAGAUUUGAAGAUUUGAAGAUUUGAACUUUGCAAAAAUAAAAUAUGAUGUGCCAAAUCCAUUCACGUCAUCGGCAAGAGUUUAAACGACGCCUGGAACGCGUUCAACCGGCUCUGGAUCGUGUCAAGUUAAUGCUGCGUAGUGCUUGUUCAUCGACUUUGUUAAAUUCUCAGUUUUAUGUGUCGGGAGAAUGCGCGGCCUGGUUAGUCGGUCGCGUUGAAAGAUUUAAUGUUAUUGACAUUUUCGCCUUGGGAUAUAAACCAUCAGAAUUUAAAUUUCCUUACAAGGCAACCUACACGGAAUCUAACCUCUAUACAAUCAAUAAAACCACGGUGAUCAAUUUCAGUACCGACGGUACCGAUAACAAACCACCUGUACAGGUAAUAUUCUCGUGGUUCGAUUUUUCGGUUGUAUCAGUUUUCAUCAAUCUAUUCGAAACUAGUUUAAUUUUCACGUACGAUUGCCUUUGCGACUACUGGAUGUGUACGGUGACGAAUAAUGGCUGCCUUCAACAUGGUGAAGUCAAGUAUCCGAUUUUGUUCAAUCAGUCUACACUCGAUAAAGACACCCUUAGGACUUUUCGAAGACUACAGACUAAAUAUAAGAAAUUUCGAAAACGGGCUUAUGACGUUUUGCCACGUAAUUAUAACGAUUAUGUUGGCAAAAUGGCUAUCGAACCCAGCCGUAUUAACAAGUUCUCGAUGCGCCUGUUUCCGACAAUAGCUACCAAUCAAUAUAAGUCUCGAGAUUUGGCCAUGUCUUUCUGUGAUUAUAUUUACUGUUUAUUCUGUAAGCGUCGCGAACAGUUGGCCAUCAAGUAUGUAGCGUUAUGGAAACAUAAGACAUAUGCACCGCCCAACGGUUAUGGUUACAAGAUUGCCCAAGCUCGUUUUCUAACAUAUCACCCUAAGUUUAGUGACAAGCACAAAGAUGAUGCCUACAUUAUCAAUUACUGUAAAUGUACAAAUAUACCGCCAGCACCAUUAUGAGUAUUUUCAGAAAUGCCGAAUAAGCACAGACCAUCAAUGUUCCAGGGAGCAUAUAGAACGGAUGGUGAUUGAAGGCAGACCCUAUUGUAUUCCAAUUUUAAGAAAGGCUGAUAGCAUGGCACUUGCAGAGCGUACAUUUUACCAUGAAUAUUUACCCACAUUGGGCUUAAAACAGUUUUCACUAAAACUGAAUUCCAAUAUUA